AGCAACGUGAAAGCAUAUGCUAAUCAAUCCCUUCUUCCUGUUUCGAAGUGAAUUCUUGAAAAUUGCUCUCUCUCUCUCUCUCCCUUCAUUUAUUCCGGUUUUCUUUCUCUGCAGCAACAUUUUUCUGUUUUUCAAAGAAGUGUUUUCUGCUCCCUCCCUGCCUCUCGCCUCUUUCAGUUCCACUUCCAGUUCCCUCUUUCUGAUAGAGAACAUAAGCGUCCUGAUAAACACGACUAGCCCUUUGCAAAUCCGCCUUCCCGAAACACCUAUCUGUCCUCGCUGUCUAUCCAUCUCUUUCAUAGUUACUCUGUUCUAAGAAAAAAUCAUGUCUUUUGUUGGACAGGCCGUGUCUUUCAUUGCAGAGUCUGCUCUAUCAUCAUUCAUUCAGGCCUUGUUUGAGAGGAUUGAGUGCCCUGAGUUUCUAAAGUUUGCUCGUGAGAGGCAAGUAAGUGCUGAAAUUAACGAGUGGGAGAAAAGAUUGAGGACGAUCCAAGCCAUGCUUGAAGAUGCAGAGGAGAAGCAGAUGUCUAACCAGUCGGUGAAGAUGUGGCUGGACGAGCUCAAAGAUUUGGCUUAUGAUGUGGAGGACAUCUUGGACGAGUUUCAAACUGAGUCUUUGCAACGCCAGUUGAAGGGAGAAACUGAAGCUGGUUCAAAUAAGCUUCGGAAACUCUUUCAUACUGUGACAACUACCAUCAAUCCAGGAGCAGUCAUGUUCAAUUCAACGAUGGUUUCCAAGAUGAAGGAGAUCACUACCAGAUUUCAGAAGAUAGUAGACCAGCAAAACGACUUGGAUUUGAUAAAGAGAAAUGUUGGUGGGACGUCCUCUAGCAAGGUAUGUGUGCGACCGCCCAGUACAUGUUUGGAUAAUGAACCUGAAGUGUAUGGCAGAGAUGAAGAUAAAAGGAAGAUACUUGAUUUGAUUUCAAAUACAAGUGAUGUGAAAGUUGGAGUAAUACCCAUUUUUGGGAUGGGUGGGGUGGGUAAAACAACGCUCGCCCGGCUUGUCUACAACUGCAAUGAUAAGUCAUCACAACAACAAUUUCAUCUAAAAGGAUGGGUUUGUGUGUCUGAUGAGUUUGACAUUUUGAAGAUAACAAAGAGCAUUCUUGAGUCGAUCACUCGACAGUCGUGUUAUCUAAACGAGCUCAAUCAAGUUCAACUGGAGUUGUGUGAAAAAUUAGAAGGAAAGAAGUUUUUGAUUGUUUUGGACGAUGUCUGGAACAAGAAUUAUGAUGAGUGGAAUGCCUUGUGUUCUCCAUUGAUGCAUGGAGCUCCAGGAAGCAGAGUGAUUGUGACAACACGUGAUGAAGCUAUUGCACGGAUGAUGGAAACAAUUGAAUCUCACAAUUUGAAUUGUAUUUCAGAUGAAAAUUGCUGGAAAUUGUUUCUUUACCAUGCCUUUGCUAGUAGAAGAGUUGCAGAUCCAAAAUUGGAAGUCAUCCGCGACAAGGUCAUCGAGAAGUGUGGUGGCUUGCCUUUGGCGGCAAGGACUUUGGGUGGCCUUCUACGCUCAGAACCAUGGGAGGAUUGGGAAAAUGUAAUGAACAGCAAAAUCUGGAAUUUACAAGACGAUGUCAACAACAUUCUUCCUGUGUUAAAAUUAAGCUACUAUCAUCUCCCUUCCCAUUUAAAGAGGUGUUUCGCUUAUUGUGCAAUAUUCCCCAAGGAUUAUGUAUUUGAAGAGAAAGAGCUAGUCCUUCUAUGGAUGGCAGAAGGUCUAAUUGAGCAACGAGACGGUCAACAUAUGGAGGAUAUGGGAGAAGAGUAUUUUCAAGAUCUAUUCUCUAGAUCAUUUUUUCAAUCUUCAAGCACUGGUGGAUUCAUAAUGCAUGACCUGGUGAAUGACCUAGCACAAGUGGUUGCUGGAGAUGCAUGUUUCAGAUUGGAGGAUAAAGUGACUCCACGUAAACGAGAAAAAUCUCGCCACUCUUCUUACAUCCCUAGCCCCUAUGAUCGCUGUGAAAGAUUUGAGUUGUUUGAAAAUAUCAAGUGUAUGCGAACCUUCCUGCCUUUAUCACUACACCGUUAUGGUUGUCCAUAUAACUCCUUAGCAAAUUGUGUCCCUUCUUAUUUGUUAUCAACGUUACGAUGUUUAAGGGUGCUAUCCUUCCAUGGUUAUAAUAUCACUGAGCUACCAGAUUCAAUAGGUGCCUUGAAGCAUCUAAGGUAUCUUGACCUUUCAUACACCUCUGUUAGAACUUUACCUGAGACAACAACCUUUCUAUGCAACUUACAGACUAUGCUGCUGAGAGGCUGUUGGCAUCUCAAGAAAUUGCCUUUAGAAAUGCAAAAUCUGAUCAACCUGCGUCAUCUUGAUAUCCAAGACACAUGUGUGGAAGGGAUGCCACAGGGAAUAGAAGAAUUAAAAAGGCUUCGGACAUUGUCUGAUUUUGUUGUGGGGGAGGGUAAUGAAGUCGGUAUAACAGCUUUGACGAAUUUAAAAUUUCUUCAAGGGACACUCCGCAUUUCAAGGCUGGAGAAUGUGGCUAAUGAUUCAUAUGUAAGGGGAGCCAUUCUAUUAGACAAGGAGAAAAUGGACGAUUUGGUGAUGGAUUGGGGAAUUUUUUAUUUUUGGAGUGGAUUGAAAUUUCAAAAUAUUCCAAAUGAAAUUUGCCAUAGGGAAGUAAUUGAGAAGAUGAAGCCUCACGGAAAUCUGAAAAAGCUCACCAUAAUUCGUUAUGGUGGUAUUCAAUUUCCAUCGUGGGUAGGGGAUCCUUUAUUUAGCAAUUUGGUGAGCCUAAAGUUGGAGAAUUGCUUCAAGUGCACAACCUUGCCGCAACUUGGGCUGCUUUCCUCUCUCAAGUACUUGGUUAUCAAAGAGUUUCCCAAUGUAAAAGUGGUUGAUCGUGAGUUUUAUGGUGAGGAUAUGAGCAAUUCAAAUCCUUUUCCGGCUCUCGAGACGCUGCACAUUGAGGACAUGUAUGAAUGGGAAGAGUGGAAGAUUUGUGGGUAUGAAUUCCCUCAUCUGCGCGAACUUUCUAUUGUUAGGUGUCCCAAACUGGUGGGAACAUUGCCCAGCCAUUUGUAUUCAUUGCAAAAGCUUGAUAUUAUAGAAUGUUGUGAAUUGGUGGUUUCAUUGGGAAGCCUUCCGGUGAUAUCUCGCUUACGCUUAGUAAUCAAUGGAUGCAGAAAGGUUGAACUGGGUGGAGGCUUUAGCUCGGCAAACAUCUUGAAUGUAACGGGACCAUUUUUAUUUCGACCAGAAGAGUUGAUGCAAGGCUUAAGAAAGUUAAAAACAUUAACUAUUGGUUCUGAUGUUUACAUCCCACGUUUCAAUCAUCUACAUUGGAAGCUUGGUGAGGGCAUCGCUGAAAAUGAAGAGUUGUUGCAAAAGGGCGUCGCUGAUAGUGAAAUAAGAAUUUUACAAUUUCAUGGUUGUGAAAGGCUUGAGAGACUACUGCCAUGGCUUCACAGUUUUAAGUCUCUGAGAAAGCUAUCUAUUGAAGGUUGCUUUAGACUUAUUUCUUUGCCAGAUGGAGUAAUUUACAGCAGUUUGUGUCUUGAAGAGUUGACAAUUGAUUAUUGUCAUUCUUUGAUUUCCAUUGGAAGACAUCAGCUGCCUUCAUCUCUAAAAAGGCUAAAGAUCAGUCACUGCACCGAAUUGCAGAGGCUGCUGGAUGUGGGAGAGGCUUAUUCCUCUUCUAGGGUUACUGAUGAGGAUAGUAUCAGCUGCGACACUAACUUAUCUAAUCUCCAGAAUUUGGAAAUUGAUGGCUGCAGCUCUCUUACAUUCUUAGGGGAGUUACCUGCUUCCCUUAAAUAUCUGGUUUUGAAUUGUUUCUCAUUUCACAGCAUAAAUGCAAAGAUAGAGUCAAUAGCUGAAAGGUUUGACAACAACACAUUUCUUGAAUCUAUUAAAAUCAGAUAUCUUCCUUAUCUUAAAUCCUUACCCAAGAAUCUGCACAUGCUCACCAAUCUCCACCACAUUAAGAUAAGUCACUGUGAUAAGCUCAAAGUCCUUCCGGAUAAUAUGCACAAUCUCACUUCCCUUCAAGAAUUAGCUAUACAAGAUUGUCCAGGCAUUAUAUCCUUUCCAGAAGAAGGCUUCCCCACCAACUUGACAUCACUUUGUAUUCAUAAUGUCGAGAUUUAUACCCCUCUGUUUGCUUGGGGUUUGCACAGACUCACCUCUCUCAAGAACCUCAGUAUUGGCGGAUGUCCUAGUGUGUUGUCCUUUCCACAGGAUGAGAUAGAUAUGAAGUUGCCUACCUCUCUUACUAGCCUUGUCAUUGAAGAAUUCCAAGACCUGAAAUACCUUUCCAGCAAGGGUUUUCAAAGCCUCACAUCACUUGAAUAUAUGAGGAUCGUGAGAUGCCCUAAACUUGCCUCCUUUCCAAAGAAUGGCCUGCCUCCCUCUCUUUUGCAAUUGCAGAUCUACAACUGCCCUCUACUUCAAAAAAGCUGCCAGAAGGGUAAAGGGCGAGAGUUGCAAGAAUUAGCUCGCAUUCCAUUUGUGGAAAUUAUAGAAGGUAGUUAAAAAAAAGAAGAAGAAAGAUUAUCCUGCAUUCAAGAUGAGGAAUUAUGGUUUUAAGGAUUGUGCUUAAUCCAGGUACCUCCUCACAGGCUGACAUAUAAAAAGUGGAACCGAAAAAUGUUAACUAUUGUUUGAUUUCUCAACACUCAAUUUAUGUUUCAAUGAUAUCACAUAUGCGAGUCAUAUAUGCAAUUUAUAUUUCAGUAAUGUCAUAUAUGCAAGUCAGAAUAACAUAGCUUCUGCAUCUGAUUUUAUCACCUAUGUUCAUAUUAAUUCUCAGAAACAUCUUUACACGAUUCCGACAAAUGGCUGAAAAAAGUGGAAAACAGGUUCAAGUCCAAAGAAUGGCAGCAUAUGACCCAGACCAAUUGAAGGACUGGCCAAAGGUUAUUUUCAUAUCUACACAGUUGAGAAAGCUUUAGAGUUUUGAUACUCCAAUCUCCAGGGCCAGCAAGCUCAAGGCCUGACCAAAGACUUGAAAAUAACAAGUCGUCCCAGCAUCAUCUCUUCUCAUCAAGAGUCAUAUGGAUAGAUCAAAAAGUGCCAUAUCAAGACUGGUGAAUUGUAUAUGUUGCUGAAUUCAUAUGGAUUCCUGUCAUGCUUUGUUGCUCCACUGCAAAGCGUAUUGUCACACUGGUCGCUUUUGUGGCUGAAGUUUACCCUUUUGCUACUGUUCAACACUCAGUGAUCACUUUCAUUGAAAGCAAAAUUCUCCUUUCUACAGUGCUUUGUACAAAAUUUCUUGUAUGACAAUGUAAAAUUAUUUGUGCCUUUUGCUCUCAA